AUGGCGGAAGAAGGCGGUACGAAGAAAAAUACUGAGAAGAAGAAAACAGCAACUCGAGGAAAGGCAUGGGGAGAAGAUGAAGUCCAUGUGCUUAUCUCCGCCUGGAAGUCAGCUACCUUACGCUCUAUGCCUGUAGGCUCAACGGCUAAGAUGCUUAAUCAGGUGAUUUACAACGAGUAUUUAGGUAGACUGGCUAAUCGGAAAGCAGUAGAGACUGGCUCGGUGACGUUGUCCGCAGACGAAUUCAAAACUGCUUGUGCUACUGAAGGACCAGAAGGUGGGCUUGAUGUUUGUGAUAGCGCGUUCCGUCCACUAUCGCUACGGUCUACUGAAGCCAAAGUGGCCUCGCUUAAACAGUCGUUUUCGCUCAUCUCAGAUCACAACAAUGGGUCGUUGGUGGGUAGCACAGGCCGCCCUGCGUGGUUUCAACAGAGCCAAGAAGAAUGCGCUGCUGUUCUCAAAAAGUGGAAACGAGUUGCAUUUAGCGAGGCCUCUUACACACUUCUCUCUGACGUAUUUGAAGACGACCCCUCGAUUAAUGCUAUCAGUGGUGGUGUUUCAUUGGGGUCCGGUAAGCGUUCGAGUAAAAAUACAAGCUCUGUGAGCGGAUCUGCCCAGAAGAAGAGAAAGACGGAGGACCUAGCAAAAGCUAUGCAGGCUAUCAUGGAUGGAGCG